CAGCCAUAGCAAGAAUCAUUGGCAAAAAUGUCCAAAAGUCCAACAGAUUUGAUCCUACUGUCAACAUGUGGGUAUUUGAAGAGAUCAUAAAUGGAAUAAAACUCUCAGAAAUAAUCAACCAGGAACAUGAAAAUGUUAAAUAUCUGCCUGGCUACAAGAUACCCAAAAAUGUGGUGGCUGUACCGGACGUUGUGGAAGCAGCAAAUGGGGCAGACAUUUUAAUAUUUGUUUUGCCACAUCAAUUUAUUGGAAGAGUCUGUGAGCAGAUUGCAGGCCAGAUAAAACCUGGGACAUUUGGGAUUUCACUGAUCAAGGGGAUCGAUGAGGGUCCUGACGGCCUGAAGCUCAUAUCUGACCUCAUCCGAGAGCACCUGAAAAUAGACAUCAGUGUUCUUAUGGGGGCCAACAUAGCCAAAGAAGUGGCUGACGAGCAGUUCUGUGAAACCACCAUUGGGUGCAAAAACAAAAGCCAAGGAGAAAUCUUUAAAGAAUUACUGCAGACCCCGAAUUUCAGGAUUACUGUGGUGCUUGACUCUGAUACAGUGGAGAUUUGUGGAGCCUUAAAAAACAUCGUAGCAGUGGGAGCUGGGUUCUGUGACGGGCUGGAUUUCGGUGACAACACCAAGGCAGCCGUUAUACGUUUGGGCCUUAUGGAAAUGGUGGCCUUUGCCAAGAUAUUCUGCAAGGGGCCGGUGUCCAUAGGCACCUUCCUGGAAAGCUGCGGCGUCGCUGACCUGAUCACCACCUGCUACGGGGGACGCAACAGGAGAGUGGCAGAAGCCUUCGCUCGCACAGGAAAAUCCAUCGAGGAACUGGAAAAUGAGAUGCUGAAUGGACAAAAGCUGCAAGGUCCUCAGACCUCAGCUGAAGUCUACAAGAUUCUGAAACAAAAAAACAUGCUUGAUAAGUUUCCAUUAUUUACAACCAUCUACAAGAUCUGCUACGAGAGUCAGUCGAUCCAGGAAUUCAUCACGUGCCUGCAGAACCACCCCGAGCACAUGUAG